UACUGGCGGGGUGGUAACCCAGGUCAAACGACAGGUAAAAAGGGCCCUCUUUGGGGCUUCUUACGGUCCAAUUCACCAAAAGGAGGGAGUUGCGUAUGCCCUAUUUUUGCAGUUUCCGACCAUUCCCCCCAAAUCUCUGUAGUAACCAGGGGGCCUCUGGGCCCGGCCUCUAAUCGCCCUCACCCCUCCGCUGCCUGAAGCCAGAAACCACAGGUCGCCCGAGCGGAGGCAGCGUCGCGGCUCCGGGUCUGGAGCCGAGGCAGUAACGGAUGCUGAGUGGGCAGCUGCUCCGACGCCUGGGCUCCAUGGCCACCCGCGUGUGUUUGUCCCCGGGUAGCGCAGGGCCCGGGCCCGUCGGCCCGGUGGAGGCCGCCAUCCGCGCGAAGUUGGAGCAAGCCCUGAGCCCGGAGGUGCUGGAGCUGCGCAACGAGAGCGGCGGCCACGCCGUCCCGCGCGGCAGCGAGACGCACUUCCGCGUGGCGGUGGUGAGCUCGCGUUUCGAGGGAAUGAGCCUCCUGCAGCGGCACCGGCUGAUCCACGAGACGCUGUCGGAGGAGCUGGCCGGGCCGGUUCACGCGCUGGCCAUCCAGGCUCGGACCCCUGCCCAGUGGAGGGAGAACCCUCAGCUGGACACGAGCCCCCCCUGCCUUGGUGGGAGCAAGAAAACUAGAGGAACCCCUUGACCUCUAAGAGUUGAGGAGGACCCGAAUAUGAAGGGGCUGGGUGAGAAUAAAGUAUUAAACUACUA